UCCGUCAGGCUAUUCGGUCUAGCGAAUCAGUCCCUCUCCGCGCGUCGCCGUGUGAAUACGUUUCAAAUCGCACGUUUGUUUUCGUAACUACCGCUAUCAUUUGUUUCAAACAAUCGCUCAGCUGACUGUGACUUAACACUAUAUGACUGGAAAAGUGCUACAUAAGUAAUAGUUAAGAAGAUCUACCUCGUGUCGAGUGAAUUAAUCGUGAACUGUGAAGAAAUAUUCUCAGUUGAAUGUAAAAAUAUACGCGUCGCAGGGACCGUUCCAACGCGUGUUGAUCGAUACUUUUAAAUGAUAACAUGGAUUCAAUUAGGUGUUGUUUAAGACGACGGUGAAGUUGGUGAAUUUAUUAGUGUUGUGUUGUGAGAGAGAACUCUGCUGUUUCGAAUAGCGAUGCGAUUAGCGUAGUUGCUGAGUAUGUGGCGCGCGUGGCGUUGCGCGCUCGCGCUAGCGGCGCUGGCGGCGGCAGAUGCGCUGCAGCCGCGCUGCGAAGAGAUCACCAUACCCAUGUGCCGCGGCAUCGGGUACAACCUCACCUCCUUCCCUAACGCACUCGACCAUGACACGCAGGAGGAGGCUGGCCUCGAGGUUCACCAGUAUUGGCCCCUCGUCGAAAUCAAAUGCUCGGCGGAUCUGAAAUUCUUCCUCUGCUCCGUGUACACACCGAUAUGUAUAGAAGACUACGCGAAGCCGCUGCCGGCGUGCCGGAGCGUGUGCGAGCGCGCCCGUGCCGGCUGCGCGCCGCUCAUGCAGAAGUACGGCUUCCAGUGGCCCGAGCGCAUGGCGUGCGAGAAGCUACCGCGCCUAGGCGACCCCGAGAACCUGUGCAUGGAUGAAAACGACCGCGCCCAGGAGCCCGAGCCGCCGCGACCCCCGCCGCGUCGGCCCUACAAAAAAGACUGCAAGGAUCCAAAAAACUGCGAAAGCGGCCCGGCUGCAAGCCCGGGCGAGGCGGCAAGCGACGAGUGCGCGUGCGCGUGCCGGCCGCCGCUGGUGAGCGUGCGAACGCUACACAACGCCAGCGCCACCACCGCCGGCGUGCCCGCCUGCGCGCUGCCGUGCCGCGGCGCCUUCUUCACGCGCGAGGAGAAGGAGUUCGCGGCCGUGUGGGUCGCGCUCUGGGGCGGCCUCUGUGCCGCCUCUACCCUCAUGACGCUCACCACCUUCCUCAUCGACUCCCAGCGCUUUAAGUACCCCGAGCGCCCGAUCGUCUACCUCUCCGCUUGCUACUUCAUGGUCGCUCUCGGCUACCUCACGCGCCUCGCGAUCGGCCACGACGAGGUCGCCUGCGACGGCGCCCUGCUCAAGACUUCAGCGAACGGCCCGAGCGCAUGCACGCUCGUCUUCAUACUGGUGUACUUCUUCGGAAUGGCGUCAUCGAUCUGGUGGGUCGUGCUGUCGUUCGCGUGGUUCCUCGCCGCGGGCCUCAAGUGGGGCAACGAGGCGAUCGCGGGACACGCGCAGUACUACCAUCUGGCCGCCUGGCUCGUGCCGGCCGCCAAGACCGUGGCGGUCCUGCUCGCCGGCGCCGUCGACGGCGAUCCGGUCGCCGGCGUCUGCUACGUCGGCAACACCUCGCCCGAGAACCUCAAAAAGUACGUGCUCGCGCCGCUCAUCGUGUACUUCGCGCUCGGCGCGACCUUCCUCCUCGCCGGCUUCGUGUCGCUGUUCCGCAUCCGAUCGGUCAUCAAGCGGCAGGGCGGCAUCGGCGCCGGCUCGAAGGCCGACAAGCUCGAGAAGCUGAUGAUCCGCAUCGGCGUGUUCAGCGUGCUGUACGCGGUGCCGGCCGGCGUCGUGAUCGGCUGCCUGGCGUACGAGGCGGGCGGGCGCGAGGCGUGGCUGCGGCGCGUGGCGUGCGGCGCCGCGUGCGGCCCGCGCCCGCUCUACUCCGCGCUCAUGCUCAAGUACUUCAUGGCGCUGGCCGUGGGCAUCACGUCCGGCGUGUGGAUCUGGUCCGGCAAGACGCUGGAGUCGUGGCGGCGCGUGUGGCGCGGCGGCCGCGCCCCGCCCCCCGCGCACCGCGCGCUCGUGAAGGGAGCCGUGUGACGCGCCCCCGCGGGGCCGCCCCCCGCGCCCGCCCCGCUGCCGCCGCCCGCGCCCCCCGCGCCGCCCGCGUCGCUGCCGCCCACCGCGCCCUCGGCGCGCUCGGCGCAGCCGCUGUCCGACUACGGGCCGGUGUAGCUUCCCUCCGGGGACCCGACCCGGCGCGCUCGCGGGGCCCGCCGACCGACCGCCGAUACCGGACGCCGACGAACGUUUCGAUCGCAGUGAUCGACCGCGCCGCCACACCGAGCGGCGAGACCGUCCGAUGGAGGAACUUUCGUACCGGUCGUCCGGCCGACCCCCCGGUGCGCCGCGUGACUUGUGCCAUGCGAAGAAAGCUGUAGAGUUGAGCGGGACCGUUCCCGCGCCGGUGCCGCGUGACUCGUGUUCGGACUCGGAGCUGGUGCCGAGUGAGUGAGUGCGCGUAGUCUAGUCGUAGCGCCGCACGCGCACACAUAUACGUAAUAGUGAGUAAGUCCGGCGGUGGCGUCCGAGCCCGCAUCGCUUCUCGAAGUUUACAAAAUUGUAGUUCCACUGCCGUCGAUUGCUUGUAGAAGCCGAUGCCGAUUAAAUUUGUUUAAAUAUCUAUUGAACAUUGAUUCAACGCCUGACGGGUCUUGUGACUUAAUACCUAUCGACGAUCACGUUAACGCGUUAAGUGACGCGCUUUUAACGUCAAGUAUUCUUGUGACCUAAAUGGAGCGGGAACUCGCGACCUUGUUUAGGAACGGAAGGAGGUAUUAAGUGGCAUUACCUGAUUAGCGCCAUGUUCCCAGAGAAAGGCUAGAAUAGAACGAACGUUAGUGAUUAAUCUAUUUAAAAUCGCUGUUCAAAUUGCCUUUACAUAAGUUAUAAGACUAAAAUUUUAUAAAUCUCAUUUUUAAAUAUAGUAAACCUAAUAUAAAUACUUUUUUGAAGGUAAUUUGAACGAGUGGUAAUGUUGAAAUUAAAAAAUACAUGCGAUAAUACCCGAACAGUUAAUUACUAAUGUGCUUGGAACUAUAUUUAUAACAGAAUCCCUAAUAUUUGUAUAGAAAAUUAAAUAAGUUUUCAUAAUCUAAGUCACCCUUCUGUAAAUAUUGUAAUAAGUUGAUGAUUCAUGUUAUGAUCACGAGAACUUAACGUACAUUUGUAAAUUGUAACGCAAGCUCUGUUCAAAGCGCCAUCUGCCGUUACCGUUGCGUUAGUAGGCUGUAGAUGGCUCUGUUUCGUAAUAUUAACGCCAUCUCGGAGUGAAUAGCAAUAACCAAUUAUACUGCCAUCUAUUGUUUAGUAGUAGUACUAAUGUUCAUGUGAUGGCGUCUAAAAUUGUACCUUUGACGUCGCAUGAUGUGCAAUAAUUUUGUAUAUCUUUCUAUAUUAAUGUACCCUAACGAGAAGUGGGAUGUUUAUGUAUACACGGACACCGCAGCCGAUAAAUCAUCAUGUAAUUUAUUUUAUAUUGUAACUGUAGAUAAAUAAAGUGACUUUUUUAUGUACCAAG